AUGGGACCCAAAAAGAAAUCAAAAAAAGUUAUUAAAAAGGUGACUUCAACUACAACAACAGAUGAUCGAGAUUUAAAUCAUCGAGAAGCAUUACCAGUAUUGAUUCAAAACAAGAUUAUAGAUUUAUUGGUGAACGAAAGAUCAGAGGUUUUUGAAAAGACAUACAUUACAUUUACAGAUGAAUUGUAUCAACUCGCCAAAGUCAACAAAAGAUGGUUUGCAUUAAUCUCUUCAAGAAUCGAUCAAGUCAGUGUCAGGGAGCUCACCAAUAAGCCAUUCAAACCUUCUGGUAGAAAGGUUCAUCCAUUGAUCAAGUUACUCAAAGUUCAACAAAGCGACAAGUACUCAAUCAUCAGACGUCUCAAAUCACUUCUACUAGACAUUAAACCAGCCACCACUCAAGAAGAAGCAAAUUGCAUCAAUGAAAUGUUUAGAAAGAUUGCAUUGCAAGAAAAGUUUCCCUUUACAUCAUCAUUGGAACACAUCUACUUUCCAACCGGCUGGUGGGACGAAUACGAUAUUGCAGAGGAUUUCGAACGCUUUUUCACCGAGGAUUACAUGAGGAAGUAUUCUCGCGGGAGUAAAACGACUGGAUUGGGUUUCAAAAUGACCAAAAUCUUUGCAAACCUUUCCUCAAUAACAUUGACAUUGGACUAUGAAACACGAGAUGGUUAUACGAUGCUUGCAAUGAUUGAAACGAUCAAGCAACAUAUGACACAAGUAAAGAAUUUGUCGUGGAGUAUUGAGACUGGAUCGGAUGGUGAAGGAUCUGAAUAUGACAGCUUUGAACCUCUUUGGGAUCACUCAACAACCAACUUUAACCUCGAACAACUUUCAAUCGAUUGUUAUGGAAUGCAAAUGAAACAUUUAUAUAAUGUAUUUAGAAAAGAAUCCAAGUUGAUAUUUUUCAAAGCUGGUGCUUAUCGUGGUAGGGCACAAUUGGAAAGUAAUGCUGAUGAUUUGGAUAUGGCAGUUGAAUCAAUUAAAACCAAUAGUACAUUGACAAGUUUGAAAUUGGGAAAACUUUAUUUAACAAACGAUGAAAAGAUUAGAAUUCAAAAGGCAUUGGCAUUCAACCAAACCAUUACCAAUUUAUCAAUUUGUCAAUAUCUAUUUGGUGUAUCACCAUCCUCCCCCUCUAUUUCAACUGAUAUUCUAAGUCAAUCAUUAAUUGAAUUUAAAUAUAUUGAAUUAACAGAUGAUUUAAAUGUUAUCAAUUCAAUAAUAAAGAUUAUUGAAACAAAUAGUCAUCCAAAUCUUAAAUCAAUUGGUAUCAAAAUGGAUAAAACAAAUGGAGAUAAACAACUUGAAGAUAGAUUUACCAAAGCACUCAAGGCAAAUACAACUCUUGAUACUUUUAAAUUCAAAUAUCUAUAUAGCUUUAGAAGACGACCAUCAAUUGAAUUAAGAUUACAAGAUGUAUCCUCCAAUAAUAUUGAUGAAAGAAUUAACAACUUUUGGAAUAGAAUCAAUAAUGGAAGAAGAAAAGGAGGGAGGAUGAGCGACAGUGAAUUGAAUGAUCAAAUCAUAUCAUCGAUUAUAGCAGCAUCAGCGUCAACUAAAUCAUCUUCAUCAUCGUCAGUGUUACACAACAGCAACAGCAAUGUAUAUGUUCAAUCGGAUUGCGAGUGUAGCCAUGGAGGAUACAUUGACAAAUUGUUAAAGUUGCAACUAGAGACACUCGAGUUUAUCGAGUUACCUUCACCUACCAAUAUAUACAGUUUUAGUUAUCUCGAUGCUCAUCAACACUCUGUACUGUCUCCGUCACUUACCAACAGCAACAAGAUGUCAUCACAACUGAUGACAACAACUGUGCCAUCACAACUAUUGGUUGCAAGUCGUUCGAAUCUAUUAUCAAUACACUCUGAAGAGAAUCUGCGAAAUGGUAGUUUAAAUUGGGUGACAAAUGAAGUCAUCUCUCCACUACACUUUUCACCAAAGCUUAAUCCUUUAACCAAUAAUAAUACAUCAACGACUAAUCUAUUGAAUUCACCUGGUGGUGGUGGAAACAAUACAAAUGUCAAUAAUGUUAGUCCGAAUUCAAACAAACCAUUAUCUCCUCCUCCUAUUUCAACAACCUCUUCUACUUCGGCAGCAUCAGGAUAUGUACCAUUACAAUCACAACCAUCACAACAACAAAUACAACAACAUCUUUCAAGAUUACCUCUAUCACAUAAACACAAGAUGCCACCUUUAUCAUCUAUGAAGUCACCAUCAGCUCCUAAUAUUAGUUUACCUGGUAGUGGUGGAGGUGGUGGAGGUGGUGGGACAGCUCAACAAACCAGCGGUCCACAAUCAUCUGUAUCUACCCAAAACCUACUUUCUGUACAUGGACCAGGUGCAUCAUCAUCGUCAUCUGUCAGUGCAGUAUCACCUCUUACUCUAUCAUCAAAUUCUUCUCAACAACAGCAACAACAACAACAACAACAACGUCAACAAGAACAACAACAACAACAACAACAACAAUUACAGCAACAACAACAACAACAACAACAACAGAUACAACAACAAACACAACAAAAAGAAGAUACUAUCAUAUCAGUUGAUUCGAUUGUUUGUGAAGGUGGAAGAUCAGUUCUUGCUAUUGCAAUCAUCUCUGGAGUAUUGACUACUCACCGAGCUUGUUUAUCAUUUUUAACAUAUGAUGAUAUUAUUACACCUCAUCAACCAUUACAACCACAACCGUCCUCCUCAUCUUCAUCAUCACAACAAACAACGCCACAGAAAUCACCUACCAGUCAAACACCCAACCAAUCAUCACCUCUUUUACAAUCAUCCAACAUUGUCACCAACAACUUGGUCAAAACACAAAAUAUUUAUUUAGAUUUUGUACCUUACCAAUUAAUUCAUACUACUUGUAAUAUUGUUAGUGGCCAAAACAACAAGAAUCAACAAGUAUUUUUAUUAUCUGGUAGUGAUGAAAAGAUUCAUUUAUAUCAUUUAAAUGAACAUAAUGAAUAUAUAGAAGGAGAUUUAUCAAAAUAUUUCCCAGAGAUGGUUAAUUUACCAUCAUUAGCACUAAAGAUUGAAAUUGUAUAUUAUUUAAAUUAUCGACUCGUUGCUAUUGGAUUUCAAUCUGGUUAUUUACAAUUAACAAUUACAAAUUUGGACAAUAAUAAUGUAACAACGGAUUCAUAUUAUUUUGAUGGACCAGUUCAAGCAAUUUCUAUAUUUAGUGAUAAGAAUGAUAUUCAUUUUGAUAAAUAUCAACAACAACAAUCAACAACGCCACCAAUUAUAUCAUCUCAAUCCACCAGCAACGGAAGCAAAUUAAAAAUGAAAUCAACAAUUGAUUCAUCCUAUUUAAAUGAUUUAAUUUUAAAAAUGAAAGAAGAAAAAGAAAAAGAAAAAGAUAAUCAAGAAACCAAUUAUACAAGAGAUCAAAACGAACAAGAAGAAGAAGAAGAAGUGCCAAAAUUAAAUUUAUUGGCUGCAAGUGUAAUUGGAUAUGCUAUGAUAUUUAGAAAUAUAUUAAAUAAUCAAUUAAAGGAACCAGCUUUAUUAGAUCAUUCAGAUUCAUUUGACAGUUUAACAUGUGUUGAAGUAUUUGAUAUAGAUGGAGAUGGAGAGAAUGAAUUGAUUAUUGGAAGUUAUUCAAGAGAGUUGUUGGUCUAUAAAUACCAGGGUAUAGUUGACAAGUAUACAUUAUAUGCACAUAAACAUUUUUCAUAUCCUAUCCUCGGACUCUUAAAAUGUAAACUUUUAAAUGAUUCUUUAUAUCAAUUCAUUGUUAUUUCAAUGUUUGGUAUUUAUAUUAUGAGAUCACCAAUCAAACAUUUAGAAGAUGAAAUGAAAGAGAAAUUAAAAUAUUUAAAGGAAAUUUUGGAAAAUUAA